AUGUCAUACAACUACAACUACCCAUAUCCUCAACAACUUCCGCCACAGUACAUCCCAGGAGCUGGAGUCUAUCCAAUCCAAGCGCCGAUUCCGGUCGCUCCGAUAAUCCAGCCGACCUACGUGGCUCCGGUCCCUUUCGUACCGCCGCCCGUCGUCAUCUACGAAGAGCCCUACUAUCAUCAUCACCACAAUCCCUACCAUCAUCAUCACCAUCAUCACUGCUGA